UGGACUAUUCGUCUAGCUAACGACUUGGCUUCUUGCACGCCUAUGAUUAUUACUUCCAUAAUAAUGCUGAUGGAAAUGGAUCAGAAGAGCAACUAGAUGAAGGCAUCAGCCAUCUUAAAGAGAGCUACAUGCAUCGCAUACAAAGUGUGCAAAGAUUGGUGAAAAACCAUACGGUUGUUCCUACUAAUAUGAAAAAUGAAUCUUUAGGACUUUUUUACUGUUUAAAAAGAACUGAGGUUCAGUCAACCUUUUUGGAAACAAUUGGGUUGAUGUACAGCAAGUUUACUAAUUGCAGAAGAUGGCUAAGGUGGCUAAGAUGGUGGAUGAGGUUUGCUGUAAGUAGUAUGGCUUUCAAAAGCCAAUCUUUGAUGAAGAAUCCACUUGCCUCUCAUCGUACCAGUACUUCCAACUCUAUCGAGGCAUACCAUGGUGCUUUGUACAAAGCAAUGCCCAAUUACAACAGUUUCGCUCUUGCUCUAAGAUACAUUUUGCAAUUUGCAAAAGGUGACUUAGUUAUGGCAAGAAGAAGCGCUACAGAAAGAAUAGAAGGCUUGUCUACUUUUACAAAGAAAGCGACGGCCGCGUUCCUGACAACUCUAAAGCACUUUUUGGUGAUACUGAUUCUCAGUUAAACCAAGAAAAAAAAAGGAAGCAGCAAGAAGAGAAAGAAGAGCAAUACUUUAGCAGUAUCGCUGAAGAAAUCUUGCUUGUAUUUUUGAUGGCUCUGCUUAUAAGUUUGAUGAUAAAAGCAAUAGAUUUGCAACCGACAAUACUCUUGGUAUUGAAGAUGAGCGAGACCUAAUUUAUGAUGCAUUAGUGGAUCUGAUCGUCAUUGAAAAUGGCAGAGAAGAUAUUCUGGA